CAAAACGAUGUCGGACGAGGAACACCACUUCGAGUCCAAGGCCGACGCCGGCGCUUCCAAGACCUUCCCUCAGCAAGCUGGCACUAUUCGUAAGAACGGUCAUAUCGUCAUCAAGAAUCGUCCUUGCAAGGUUGUGGAGGUUUCAGUCUCAAAGACUGGGAAGCACGGCCAUGCUAAGUGCCACUUUGUCGCUGUUGAUAUCUUCAAUUCCAAGAAGCUUGAAGAUAUUGUCCCCUCUUCUCACAAUUGUGAUGUUCCCCAUGUCACUCGUACUGACUAUCAGCUUAUUGAUAUUUCUGAGGAUGGAUUUGUGAGUUUGCUGACUGAUAAUGGUAACACUAAGGAUGAUCUCAGACUUCCAACUGAUGAGAAUCUUCUGUCUCAGAUUAAGGAUGGUUUUGCUGAAGGGAAAGAUCUUGUGGUUACUGUCAUGUGUUCGAUGGGAGAGGAGCAAAUAUGUGCACUCAAGGAUAUUGGCCCAAAGAACUAGUUUUCUGUUAGGGUAAAGGUGGUAGAUGACGUUUUAAGCAGAGGCACUUUUGUAGUCUAGUUAAUUUUAGUUUAUAGUUUGCCGAAAUCAUUUAUCAUCUUAAGAUUACACAAGAAAAGUAUUCAUUUACUCUGUUUUUCAGUCCCCAAAAUUUAUGCAAUUCCAUAUUAUUUUGGUA